AUGGAGGAUGACAUAGAUUGGGACCCCAAACCUUUUAGGUUCUUAAAUGCUUGGACUUUUCACCCCAAUUUUUCUCAGCCUUUUGUUACCUUCUGGACAAACACUACUUUUACUGGUUGGACUGGAUUUAUACUUGUUCAAAAGCUUAAGCAUUUCAAGCUGGAUCUAAAAUCUUGGAAUAUUGAGGUGUUUGUCAAUAUUUCUUCCAAACUCAAGACUUCAAACGAAGAGUUAUAUGCAAUAAACAUCAUUGUAGAGAAAAGGGCAUUGCUUGAUUCAAAAAAGAGUAGAAACUUGAUCAAUUCUAUUGCAGUUAAUGGUGUGCUUCUUAAGGAACCUAAUAGGGUCAUGCAUGAAGUUUUACAUCACUUUAAGACUCAAUUCACUGAAACAUGGAUUAAGAGACCUAUUUUGGGAGCGGUGUUCAAAACUAUUGAGGCAGAUUAUGUUUCUCAUCAUCUUGUAUUUGAGUUCAGUACAGUAAAGAGUCGAAACUUGAUCAAUUCUAUUGCAGUUAAUGGUGUGCUUCUUGAGGAACCUAAUAGGGUCAUGCAUGAAGUUUUACAUCACUUUAAGACUCAAUUCACUGAAACAUGGAUUAAGAGACCUAUUCUGGGAGGGGUGUUCAAAACUAUUGAGGCAGAUUAUGUUUCUCAUCAUCUUGUAUCUGAGUUCAGUACAGUAAAGGUUCUAGCAACAAUUAAAGAAUGCAAUAACAACAAAGCACCAAGCCUUGAUAGGCUCACUUAUGGCAUUAACGGUACCUUCAUUACUCUUAUCCCCAAGUUAGAAAAUCCCAUUGGUCUAUCUGACUAUAGACCCAUUAGUCUUGUGGGAUCUAUUUACAAAAUCUUGGCCAAAGUUUUAUCACACAGAUUGAAAUCAAUGCUUCCCUCAAUCAUUGGUGAAACCCAGACUACAUUCAUAGGAGGGAGACAUAUCCUUGAUGAGGUGUUCAUUGCUAAUGAAGUAGUGGAUGGGUGGAAGAAGGACAAGAAGCAAGGGCUGAUUCUUAAGUUGGAUUUCAAGAAAGCAUUUGAUUAUGUAAAUUGGGAAUUCUUAUUCUUUAUGAUGAUCAGCUUUGGCUUUGGGGAUAAAUGGAUCUCUUGGAUGAAAGCUUAUGUGUCCACAAUAAGAAUCUCCAUUCUAUUGAAUGGAUCACCUACUGAGGAGUUCUCACCCCAAAGAACCACUAGAAAAGCAACACGUGUAUAG